AAGAAAGAGUGUGUGUGUGAGAGAGAAGAGAGGGAGGGAGAGAAGGAAAGAGAAAGGGGGGGAGAGAGAAAGAGAGAGAGGGAGAGAAGGAGAGAGAGAGAGAGAAAGAGAGAGCAAACUGGGUGGGAAGAAAAGUAUCCGAAUGAUGCGUUUGAAUGAGUUACACUUGUGGUGAUUAGUAAACAUUAGUAGCCUGUAGUCUGUUUUUAGAGCUUCAUGGCUUUGAUCCCAACAGAUCCGAGCUUCACUCAUCCCGGACUGAUCACUUUAAAAAACCCCAGCAUGCAGGACGCAGAGUUUAACACCGACGGCUUACCGAAAGCCUUUCUGCACAGCCUGCGCACUUUGUUCGAUAUUUUAGACGACGGGAAGCGCGGCUAUGUGCACAUCUCUGAGAUCGAGAGCCGGUGGCACGGGGCAGAGACCCAGGACCUACCGGGCGGUGUGGUGCAGAGUCUCAGGCGGAUCACACCACCGCACGGAUGUCUCACUUUCGAGCGCUUCGUGGCGGGGCUUCGAUACUCGAUUUUCAAUCCUGACCGCGCUCAAACUAAGCAACACGUCCAUCCAAACGGUUUCAAACCGCAGCCACACAAUAAAGUGCGACCUCUCGGACCGAGCAACGGGAUUAAUGUUCAUCACAGCCGCGCGAGCGCGCCACAAAACCGCACGCGGCAGCAGUACGACAACAGAAGCAAACUGUGCGCGAGCGAUUCCUCUUCGUACGUUAACCCCGGUGUUCAGCCAUGUACAAGGAGCGGCAGGAGCCUGGAGCGCGUUCCCGUGGCACCGGAGCGCGCGCCUAACCGGUCCGAUUCGGUUCGCGUGGGGAAAAAGGUACAGCAGCCCACGCGUGUGCAGUCAGUCGAAUCAAUCCCGAUUGAAUCCUUUCCCAAGACAAUCUCAGGUCAGCAGCAAGGCGAACGUUUCGGGCUGCCUCGGUCACAGAGCGAGACGACUGCAGGGUUCGCGGCGACCAGGCGACACAGCAGGAGCCGGGAAGAGCCGAGACGACACACCAUCACUAGCGGAGUCGACUAUGGAAUGCUAAAGCAGAUGAAGGAGCUGGAACAGGAGAAGGACUCACUGCUGUCUGGACUGGAUCUGGUGGAGAGAGCGAGGGAGUGGUACACAAGUCAAAUCCAUAAUGUGAAGGAGAGACAGAGGCUUGUUGGGCAGACUGGUCACUUCUCUGAUUUUCUGACUGAAUCCAAUCAAUGUCGCCUGAAUGUCCUCCUGCCCAAACUACAGGAAGUGAACCGCUGCCUUAAUGAGCUCAUGUCCUGCUCUGGAAUGUCAUUCCCUUCUCCGAGUGCACAGACUUCUGUCCCUUCCCCCAGCGUCCCACCUAUUCCUGCUCCUCCUCAGGCCAUCCAGCGACUAAAGGACCAGAAUCACCUUCUCACACAGGAGGUGACGGAGAAGAGCGAACGCAUCACCCAGUUGGAGCAGGAGAAGUCGGCUCUCAUCAAACAACUGUUCGAAGCCCGAGCUCGUAGCGCUCAUGACAACAGUGUCCUUGACUCAACCUUCAUAUGAAUAAACAGAUCAGACCACAACCACAACCAAAUCCCACUUUUGCUCAGCCAAAGGACUGCAAACACUCCUUCACUACACCUGACGUGGAUUUGACUGACUGCUGCUUCCAUGGUGUACCGAUGAGGUUUCAUUUGACUGCAUGCAAACACGCAAAGGUUAAAAGUCACAUAUUUCUUCACAAGCAAAAUUGACUCUAUGUUUACGUACCACUGUUGUGUGAAUGUUGCUACGUUUCCUGCACUGACAGGCAUUGACAAAUCAGUGGCUUUUAGUAUGAGCUUGCUUUGCAUUUUAACCUUCAAGUUUUUUUUUUCCCUUCUCUUUCUCUUUUUUUAAUGAAUCCACCUGAAUGCUUUGGCUUCGAUUUUGACCUUUACACUCCAGAACUAUCCAUAUAAUCAUUCAGACAAAGAAACACAUUAUGAACUUGUCAUACUGGGCCUCAUUUAUCAAACUGGCUACGAACCAAACGGUUCGCAAAACGUUCACACGAGCCUUUACACACAGGGUUACACGCCACGGGUCUUUAAAAAGUUUUAAAAUGUAUUAACAUUUUUUUCUUAUAAUAAAAGGCCUUAAAAGUAUUAAAUAGGCUUAUAUUCAGAUCCGUAAAUAUUUAAUGAACUCAUCACUGCAAAAGCUAUCCAGUCUGAUGGCUUAUACAAGUUUUUUUUUUCCGCGAUACUUACCUGGUCAUAAGAGAGAAUUGAGGUAUCAGAAUACAGGUCGUAAUACAGCUUGCUUGACAUGGGUAAAUGCAAGUAUAAUGAAAAAUGGCUUGAGAACGAUGGAUUGUCAUGGUGAUUAAAGCUGGUGCCUGAUAACUGUGCCGUUUGUUGGAGAUGUUUUAAACUGGGAACAAUGGGCAUCAAGCGGAGUUUGGGAAGCACAGGGAGUACACGAGAGACCACAAACAGACUCUUCCCACUACUACUAACAAAGAUGUCAGCACGGAUGUUGGGAAUCCGACAACACCACCAUCUGACCGCUGAACAUCUUUUGGCUCUAUGCCAACACUCAGAGCUGAGGUGAUUUGUGUGCUGAGGGUGAUAAUAAACCACCACUCAUUCUUGGUCAAAUGACGGGAUUGAGGAGGCCUUUAAAGCUUCCAGACUCUGAGCCUGUGCACAUAUUUACGUGUGGAAAAGACAAGACCUGAUACGUAGCUAUGUUCGGAAUGGCACCAUUUGUCAAAAAAGAACUUAUCGUCGAGGUCAACGGAUGCUGGGGUUUUAUGAUCAAUUUAUGUUUCGAAGAGACCCUGAACCAGACAACUAAAAGCGAGCGACUGGACCCGCAUGUGCAGUAUGGGUUAGAUUUUUGUGUUCAGUCAAGGCGGUUUAUAGGCCAUGCAACACUGCAUAAAACCCACUUCAGCAUUUAAAGUAAGUUUUCUUACUUUGAAUUACUUACAAGUGUGUUUAUAUAUAAAACGUGUAUUUCUUUUGCAGGUUUGGUCGUAAAGUUUGUAUAUGUGGUGAUUGAAAUGAGGUAUUAAAAAGUCUUACCUGUAAUUUGUUUAUGUCUGUAGAUAUGUACUAAAUAACUAACUCCUGUAGUUUGGAAAAAAUGUUUGUGCAAAUAUUUGGCCAAAAAUACAGUAUGACACUACUGUGAAACGUAAUCAAUCAGCUUCAAAUGACCUGUCAUUGAGUUUUUAUAAGCUGGAUUAUGCCGUCAAAUUUAAAUCCAUUAUAUAUUCAAUCUGUAUCUUACUAAAGGCAUGGAAUUGUGCUUAAGUGAUUUGAGACACGGGGGCACGGUGGCUUAGUGGUUAGCACGUUCGCCUCACACCUCCAGGGUUGGGGGUUCGAUUCCCGCCUCUGCCUUGUGUGUGCGGAGUUUGCAUGUUCUCCCCGUGCCUCGGGGGUUUCCUCCGGGUACUC